AUGGACCAGAACAAAGAGGCCAUCGGAGCCCCAGCUGGCACCCCAGUGCCCCAGGAGCUGCUGGAGGAAAUGAUUUGGUUUUUCCGUGUAGAAGAUGCCUCUGCUUGGAACUACUCCAUCCUUGCCUUGACGGUCGUGGUGGUGGUCUUGAGCAUGUUCCUCCUGGUCAGGAGCAUCCAGGCAAACAGAAAUCGAAAGCUGCAGCCACAAAAAAAGGACACACCUGAAGUCCUGCGUCUGAAUGACAGCAGAACCAGAGAUGGCAGCCUGAACAACCUAGGAGAGACGCUGCUCACGAAAAUGCCAGCCCUGGCACCCCCGGAGACUGAAUUAAAACAGCAGUGCGGCUCAGUAGUUCUUCCCAUCCCAUCAGAAACUGAGAGCUAG